UUGUCGUAUUUGAAUGACUAAAAGUUAUUCAAAAUGAAUAAUUUUACCGUGAAAGAAUUAAAGCAACAACUGAGAACUAGAAAUCUUCCAAUUACUGGCUUGAAGGCAGAUUUGAUAAAUCGGUUGCAAGAAGACAUGCUGUAUCAGUUCCAUAUGUAAACAAAGGAUACUGAAAGGAACAGCAUCACAGAGAAACCUACGAUGGACAAGUGGUUCACAGAUACCGAAACGGUAGCGCAUGUCGCAGAUUCGACAAAUGUUGCAAUAAAAACCAUUACUGAUGUAAAUAAAAUUCGAUUUGAAGAUACCAAAACAGCAGGUACCGCAAAAGCAACGAACGCAACAGCAGAGAUUAAAGCGGAAACGAAUGUCACAGAGGUGAUGAACACGGCAGCAAGAAGCUCUACGAAUGUAAUUCGAUUUGAAGACACUGAAACGACAGCAGAUAUCACAAAAGCAAUGAACACAACAACAAAUAAAACGAUAGCGAGUACUACAGAGGUGAUGAACGCGAAAACAAAAACCUCUGUUAAUAUGAAUAUGUUUCAAUUUGGAGACACUAAAAUGACAGCGGGUGCUGCUGAAGCGACGAAUGCAGCAGCGAAAAGCUCUAUGAAUAUGAAUGUAAUUCGAUUUGAAGAUAUCAAAACGAUAGCAGAUCCCAUAGAAGUAACGAACACGACAGCAGAGGCCAAAGCGGUAGCGAAUGCCACAAAGGAGACGAAUGCGGCAAUAAAAAACUUUGUUGGUGAUAUUUCAAAAGGUUAUAUAGGAACAUUUCAAUUUGAAAAGGCCAAAACUGUAGCGAGUGCGGCAGAGACGACGAACGCGACAAGAAACUUUAUCGAUAUCAAUCGAUUUGAAGGGACCGAAAUGGCAGCGGAUGUCACAGAGGAGAUAAAUCCAACAAAAUAUUUUGUUGAUGUACAUAUGAUAUGGAAAGAAACUGAAUUGUAUCGAAGAGAAAAAGAACUUGCUGAGCGAGAAUUAAUAUUAGCUCGAAAAGAAAUUGAGAUGCUUCGACAAGCUUUGAUUGAUGCUAGUCGCCCACAAAAAAUAUGUUGCUGUUUCGAAAAUAUGUCAUUGCAAGAUGAAGACUAUGAAUCUGUCUCAGUGUCCAGACAAGAUAGGCGCAGUUGUAAGCAGCAGCGACUGGAACAUGAAGAUCAAAGGCAUUAACUCUGACAACAUUGUUCAAAUUGUGUUCAGCUUGAUCAUUCGAGAACUACUGUCUGACAAAAUACAAUGUUAAAAUAUUUUAAGUUUUAAGUUUUAAGUUUUAAUGAAGGAAAGCAUGUUGCUUCGGAAUAUUUUAGAAGAUAAACGAAAAAAAAGAAAAUAGAAAUAUGAGAGCAGCCAUUCAGCUUUUUUCGUAACGUAGGUCCGUUAAAACCAUCAAAACCUCUUAUGACCGCAAUCAACAUUUAUUUCAGUAACUGUAUCUCUAUUUAUUUCUCUGAAAGAUUCCGAAAUAUGUUUUAUGCAUCCUUGAUAUGUAUUAUACAUUGGAUAUUUUAUAUUGAGUUUAUCUUUUUCUACAAAUUU